CACAACACUCACAGAAUAUGUGAUAUAACCUCAAAAAACCUAAUAACUUUAUUUAUAUUUUGUUAUUUAUUAAAUUAGAAUUCCUUAAUUCAUUUAAAGGUUUUGUUGAGUGGGAAACUGUAAAUAAAUAUAUUUAGUGUAUGGGUCGACAUCCCACAAACAAACACAUACAUAAUGGAAAAUGGAGAUCUAAAAAGUAACAAACUAUGAUGUUAUAAAUUUCAGAUUACUCACUAUUCCUUUUCCCUCCGAUGAAACAGCAUCACUGGCUAGAGAUGUGCUCAGUGUUGACAAGGAGCUGAAAGGAAACCUACUGAAGAAAACUAUUUCAGUUGACGGAAGCAAUCUUAUUGUUGAGUUCUACAGUGCUGAUUUAAAGUUAUUAAGAGUGGCUUCAAACGCAUUCCUGAAAAAUAUUGUUUUAGUGGUAAAGACAAUAAAACUAUUACAAUAGACACCUAACUAAUAACAGAUGCCAGAACAUACCCCUGCCCCAACACCGGCGAGGUCUCUGUAUGGAUUCUUCUUAUAUUUGUUCAGUAAAACCAUGCUCUUCCUGUACUGUGCGUGGGUUUUCAUUCCCGAUGAAUAUUUACAUUACAUAAAUAUUUACUACUAUCCUCAGAAGUACUGGGCUACUGCUGUCCCCAUACAGUGCUUGGUGGCACUCACCCUUUUUGCAUUUAUUAUUUAUCCAAGUUCUAAUCUUAUGUUAACAGUCAAUAUGGAUUUAAUUAACACCAUAAGAGACUCACAUUCAAGAUAUUCAGUCCCUACACCCAAAUACACUUCUCAUGUUUCUGAUAAAUGUAUUUGUAAAGAUUCAAACAAAUGUUUUAUGAAUGAAUACAAGGCAUUGCCAAAAAAUUUAGCACAGAAUUCUGUGCAACCACUACAGGAUUUAGAUAUAAGGUUAGUCUGUAAGAAAUUGUAUCUUAAUAAAUGAUUACUGUAAAAACUAGA